AGCUGGUCACACUGCAAAAGCACUGAUUCACUUGGUUUGUUUGUUUUAGCUGCGAUAUCUUGAUAUGGUCUUGGUAUAUUAGAAGAUCCAACAGGUGAUCAAGAUGUCAGAGGUGCGCAUUAGACCGCGCCAGGUGCUGGUGCUGAUCAUAGUGUUCCUGGUGGUGCUGAUGAUGGUCCACCGGAACGGGAAGCGCACCUGCCAGGGUCCGGACUACCUGCAGGCCAUGUACGCACAACAGCAGGCGGACACGUUGCCUACGAUUUACGCCAUAACGCCAACCUAUUACCGUCCCGCCCAGAAAGCGGAGCUAACAAGGUUAUCCCACUUGUUUAUGCUGCUGCCGCACCUGCACUGGAUCAUUGUGGAGGACUCCAAUACCACAACGUCACUGGUAAAAAAUCUAUUGCAGCGCGCUGGGCUGGAGAAGCGAUCCACGCAGCUGAACAUCAAGACGCCGCCGGAAUUCAAGCUGCAGGGCAAGGAUCCCAAUUGGAUCAAGCCCCGGGGUGUGGAGCAGCGCAAUCUGGCGCUCUCCUGGCUGCGCAGCCACGUCGACGUGGACCGGCACUCCAUAGUGUUCUUCAUGGACGACGACAACUCCUACUCCACGGAACUGUUUGCCGAGAUGAGCAAGAUCCAGCGCGGCCGUGUCGGGGUUUGGCCCGUGGGCUUGGUCGGCGGUUUGAUGGUGGAGAAGCCUAUCCUCAACGAGGAUGGCACCAAAGUGACGGGCUUUAACGCCGCCUGGCGACCCGAGCGUCCCUUCCCCAUCGACAUGGCCGCCUUUGCCAUCAGCAUGGACCUGUUCAUUAGGAAUCCCCAGGCUAUCUUCUCGUACGAGGUGCAGCGAGGUUACCAGGAGAGCGAGAUCCUGCGGCACCUCACCACACGAGAUCAGCUUCAGCCCUUGGCCAAUGCUUGCCGGGAUGUGCUCGUCUGGCACACCCGCACCGAGAAGACCAAACUAACCGCCGAGGCGGCCCUGCAGAAGCAGAACAAACACUCGGACGCCGGCAUGGAGGUGUAACCGGGAGACCGCCUCGAUCCCCGCUAGCUGUACAUAAGUAGCCAACUUCUCAGUCCUCCUCGCCAGCCCUCCUAAGAACGUAGUGAAUUUACUUAAUGUGUUCGUCUGCGCACUAUUCUGGAGUGUCGAUCGAUCCAAUCCGCCAGAGAAUUUAGCAACUUUAAAGCAAAGAGUGCAAUAACUAUAUAUCCUAAGUAAAAAUAUCCUAUUCUUACACUUAAUUUCAUGCGAGUUGUUUGGUUGCCUGGCUGUAAUAUCCAAAAAGACGCUCCCACUCUCCUAUAAUGUAUUAGCAAGUUUCCUCAUCUUUAUUUUAUUAGCUGUACGAUGCUCAAAUCAAAGUUGUAACAUAUCUGUGUAAAGUAUUUAAGAACGUUAGGGAGGAUUCUUUUGAAGCGAUAAUGUCACCCCAAAUAAGUUAGCUUAAUGUACCUCAUUUCAAAUGUUUAUCAUUUAAAAGAAACGUAUUGUUUUUAAAGCUUUUAUUGAUCUUGUUGAAAUACUCGAAACAUAAUGUCUAGUUUCUGUAGAGCUUGCAUAGUUCUUUCCUCCAACUAUAAGCUUCCCAAUUGUGCCUCCUGUUCUAAGCAAAUAAAACGAAUUUCCGUUUAAAAUUAAAA